GGUGCCGCGGGCCCGCCCCAGCCUCGCUCUCUCCCGCAGGGCUCCCGGGACCAUGACUUUCCAGUGGACGGCGGUUGCCGCCUUUCUGUACGGUGAAAUAGGAGUGAUUCUCGUGCUCUGUCUGCCGUUCAUCUCUCCGCUGAGAUGGCAGAAGAUUUUUAUGAUUCCUCUAUGGAGCAAAAUGGCAGUUUUCUGGAACAAGAUGUUCCUUACAAUAAUUGUUUUACUGAUCAUCUUGUUUCUUGAUGCUGUUAGAGAAGUUAGGAAGUACUCGGCUGUUCAUGUGAAUGAAAAGGCUGUAAAUAUCAAUACCAAUGCCUUUGAUCAUAUUCAGAUGAAACUCUUUCGAUCACAAAGAAAUCUCUAUCUCUCAGGUUUUUCCUUAUUUCUUUGGCUUGUAUUGAGACGUACUGUUACCCUUCUUACUCAGUUGGCAAAAGGGAUGGCAUCUCAUGCAGCUCUGGAAACGCAAGUUAACGAUGCUACUGAAGCAGCCAAAAAAUACAUGGCCGAGAAUGAAAGGCUUCAGGAGGCCUUGAAUGAAAAAGGAAGUGGUAGAAAGGAUUCAGCUGAAGCAAGUGAUGAAAAGUUGAAGAAGGAAGUUGAACAUUUGAAAGCAGAGCUACAGAAGACAUCAAAUGCUCUCCACAAGGCAAAUAUUGAAGUGACUUCAGUUAAAAAGCAGUCUGAAGGCCUUAAAAAGGAGUAUGAUCAACUGAUGAAAGAAUAUGAACGACUUCAGGACAGUUUAAAUGACGCAGAAGACAAGAAAGACCUGUAGGUGCAUCUAAGAUGGAUGGCAUCAGUACGGUUGCUUCAGCGCGCAAAGCCUUGUGCUGUUUAGGCUCCUGAUGUGGAUCUGAAACAAAACUUGAUUUUUUUGAAAAGCACGUGCACGGCAGGUCACUAUUCAGAUUCCUCAAAUAUAUCUUGAUUGCCAAAAUGUUCUGUGUUGCAAAUAAAAUGUUAAGUGGCUUACCUGAUUUAUCUUGGAGUUUGUCAGUGCUCUUGUGAGGAGAAACUCAAAAAAAAAUUCUUUCAAUUCCAUCUGGAGCAACUCAACUGUUCUCCAAGCUUUUGCC